AUUAAAGUGUCUGAUCAUUAUCCAUUUUGCAUGUUAACCAUUAAAAACACUAUAUAUUGAGGACGGAUAAACGGCGGCUUUAUACACGCUUCAAAAUUAUUUUGCAAUGAUCAACUAUGAUUUAUGUUGUGAUUAUCUAAUACUAUGGAAUGAAGAUCCAACUUAUUAGCCUAUUAGGGCAAAAAAUAAGACGUUGAUUAUAAUUUGUUGUUGUUGUUGAAAUGUUGAUAACACUCUUAAGUGAUGCUUGAUAGCUUGUUAGAAAAAUAUGAUGUGUUUAUGGCUACAAAUCGGGAAUACAGAUCACGUAAACAAUUAUAAGAUGAAAGGCCAUUAAAGAGGUGACACGUUUGAAGAGGUGAACCUCAAGAAAAAGAGAGAUGACAACUAGAACGGAUGGAGACGUGAGAGAGAAGGUGGCAUAAUAAUUGGGGUCAAGUAUGAGAUGUCUUCUUUGAUUCCUUCAAGGCUCAAGGACCACCCACCACUUUCUCACCUCUUACACUUACACCGCGUUCUGAUGAUAUAAUUAUCCUCGUGCUUCUAUAACAUUCUAAAUUGAGAUUAGGGAGAUGCUACAAUACAUGCAAACUCAAGCCAAGCCUCCGUUGAAGAUGCCAAAAAUAAUAAACAAAACAAAGUGUUUGCUUGCAUAUUGUUUCUUUUGGGGUAAAAUUUGCUUGCAUAUUGUUGAUAAUGUAUUGUGAACAAACGCAAAAAAAUACUAUUUUGAAAGAAAAUACGAUUGAAAUAAAUACACAUUUUAAGAUUCAUUUUUCAAAAAAGAAAUAAAUACACAUUUUAAGAUUCAUAUAUUGAUUAUAAGAAUAAAUAAUUUAUAUUUGUAUUUAUACAGUUUUAAAUCUGAUAUUCAUUUUGCUUUAUAAUUUUUUUUCGUUUCUACUAAAAGUAGCUUUUCAAUCUUGAUAACUAGUAUGGACUUUGUCCGCGUAACAAAUGUAAUGUUUUUGUGCAUUAAGAUUUAAGUCAUUUACAUAAUCGACAAUAAUCUAUGUGAAUCUUAGGCAUGUCAAUAUGUUUUGCCAUAUUUGGGAUCCCUUCUGUAAUAGCAAGGAUCAUCAUUAAUACCCAAAACGCCCCCAACAUUAUGCAGGAGUGGUCAUUUUCUUAUAGCAUCGGCAAAUUAAGUGUCAUUCUCAGUGUAUACACGUUGACCCUUAAAUUCGACCCAUCAGAACUUUUGGACAUGAUCUGAUAUUUUGUCUCUUUGUUUAACACUUACCAUUGGACCCCAAACGCAGCCGACCGAACCAAUGACGGCUUUAAUUUGCCUUUUAGGUUUUAGGUCAAUGUUUUUUAACUAAUGCAAUACUAUAUACCAGCUUCUCUACAUCCGAAAUUGUUGACUUAACAUGUUCUUGAAUCCAAUGGUCUCAAUCUCUAUACGAAGCUAAAAGUUCACGACUGACGGUGAAACUUUUUCACUCAUUGAUCAUGACUUUAUUGUCUCUCCAAAAACCGUGAUUUUAGUGUUGAUGAGUGAUAGCUUUCAGUUAUUUUAUAUAUCCAGCGGUUGGAUUCAUACUAGCGAGGAGGCAAAUAAGCUCAAAAGCGAAUUUCAUAGAUGAGUCAUGUGAAUAAAAGUUACUACAUCAAGGAAAAGGACACUUGUUACUAGAAUAGUGCAGAAUACAGUUACACAAACAACGAAAUAAUGGUAAGGUUUUCAAUGAACUGCCACACGGUGUGUCUUGAUUCUCCAAUACUGAAGAGAGUUUGAAAAUGAUCACUGCAACACCAUACACUUUUUUUUGUCACAAACUGCAACACCAUACACAAGAACCAAAUCACACUGACUUUUAAAAACCUAUUCAAUUCAGAUGGGGAAUCAUAUUAAAUCCUCUACUAUUAGUUUUUAAUGGGCCUAGCCCAAUGACUUACUAUUCCAGGUCCAUUACAUAAGACCAUUACCUAGAGUCCAUGAUAACGGGAGAGGAAAACUUCUAGCUGACAAAGUUUGGAAGAGGAUGAUCAGUGAUCACAUGACCAUGAUGAAUGAGUUCAUAAGGCGUUGAAAAGCAAACUUCAGUUAAUAAUAUAUAACACGAGGUAGAGAUCUAAUGGAUAUACAGCAACGAUCUACACAGUUUCGGUCUUUGUUUUUGUCUACCACCAUGGCAUCUCUAUUGUCUCUUUCUCCAUCCACACACAUGUCCUUUAAUCACAAGUUUAGCUCUAUCUAAUUCAAUAUAAUAAACUAACAUAUCACAUUUUUACCAUAACAACAUUUUUUUUGGAGCAACCUACCAUAACAACAAAUUUAAACCGUUCUUUGUCACAUUUGUCAUUAUCUAUUGAUUGAUGCACAUAUUCCACUUGGAUCACAAACCGUGUUAAUAGUACAUACUAUAUUCCACUUGAAUCAUAAAUCUCAAAACUUUUAAUUUUUUUUUAAAAUAUUACAUGGCCAUAGGUUUGUGUUUGCCGAGGAUUUUGGAGGGAAGGUUUUGAUUUUUGAACUUCAAAGUCUUCUUCUCUCUCCAAUUCAUUUAUUCUGAUUUGCUUCUCUUUCCUUUCUCUCUGUCUUUCUCUCUCCUCAGCUCUUGUAAGAUUCAUGCCAAAACCAGAGAGAUCUGAUUUAUCCGAAGAUCUUGAAUUUUCUUUUUAAACUACAAGUUACUACACCAACUUUCUCCCACGCAAGGCUCAUAUUUAUGAGAACAGACCAAAUCAUCAAGGUGUAGACUUUGGAUGAGAAACUAACCAAACAACCAGAUGUCUUGUUCCGACAAAAGAACCACGGUGGAUCCACUUCUGAAAGAUUUGGAUGAGAAGAAAGAGAGUUUCCGGAGGAACGUCGUCUCUUUGGCGUCUGAGCUGAAGCAAGUCAGGGGCCGUUUGGUUUCUCAAGAACAAUCUUUCCUUAAAGAAACCCAAACUAGAAAAGAAGCAGAGAAGAGAGCACAGAACAUGGAAAUGGAGAUGUGUAAAUUACAUAAGAGAUUAGAAGAAAGGAACUCUCAGCUUCAUGCUUCUGCAUCUGCUGCUGAAAAGUUUAUUAAAGACUUGGAGGAAUUUAGAUCACAGCUGGAUGCAACUAAUCAAACCGCAGAGGCAAGUGCUGACUCUGCUGAAUCUACAAAGAUCCAAUGCUCAGUGCUUAAACAACAACUUGACGACAAAACACGUUCUCUCAGAGAACACGAACACCGUGUGACUCGGCUCGGGCACCAGCUUGAUGAUCUACAGAGAGGUUUGAGCUUGAGGGAGUGCUCAGAGAUUCAGCUAAGAGAGGAGCUUAGGAGAAUCGAGCGCGAGGUGACAGAGGCUAUUACAAAGGCUGGGAUAGGUAGCAAUGAUUGCGUGCUGCAGAAGUUUCUAGAAGAUGUCUCUCCUGUGAAUUUUGAGAGGAUGAAUAGAUUAGUUGAAGUGAACGACGUGGAGGUCAAGAAACUGAAAGAUGAGAUUAGGUUAAUGUCAGGUCACUGGAAGCAUCAGACUAAGGAACUCGAAUCUCAGCUGGAGAAACAGAGAAGAACGGAUCAAGACUUGAAGAAGAAGAUACUGAAGCUUGAGUUCUGUCUUCAAGAAACAAGAAGCCAGACCAGAAAGCUACAGAGAAAAGAGGAAAGAAGGGACAUGGAGAUCAAAGAGAUAAGAGAUCUGAUGUCAGGGAGACAACAAGGUAGUGAUAAAGAAUCUUGGGAGAAACAGAAGUUUUGGGACAAUUCAGGAUUCAAGAUCGUUGUAUCAAUGUCUAUGUUGAUGUUAGUGGUAGUCUCCAAGAGAUAGGUUUCUCUUUUUGUGUAAAAUGUAGUUGACGAAAAUCUAAGACCAUCUCCAAUGCUACACUAAAAUUUACUCUAUAUUUCACUCUAAAA